UUUUAAAACUUGUUACUAUGGAGUACUAGUAAAGCCCAAAGCCCCAAACCCAAAUUUGAUUUUGACAAACAAUAAAAACCUCCACAUUUCUCUCUUUUUCUGCGCAAAUGCCUUGAAUUAUUUGUUUCGAUCAAAUUCCAUGAAAUUCAUCUCUUUCUCCAUUCUCACUCCUCACUAGCCACGCCAUAUUAGCUUCAUCGAAGAGAGAGAAUAUCAAGAAAAAGCUUGAAUCUACAACAAUGGAGGAGGAAUUGUUGAAGCGUAACACUGAUUGUGUCUAUUUCUUGGCCUCUCCUUUCACAUGCAAGAAGGGUGUAGAGUGUGAGUAUCGGCAUAGUGAAAUGGCGAGGUUGAACCCACGGGAUUGCUGGUAUUGGAUGUCUGGAAAUUGCCUAAAUCCAACUUGUGCAUUUCGCCAUCCGCCCUUGGAAUCACACAAUGAAGCACCAACUGAUGCUGCUCCACCUUUGCUGAAUCAGUCUUCUGUGUCUGCUACAAAGACGACAGUCCCGUGCUACUAUUACUACAAUGGGUUUUGCAACAAAGGUGACAGAUGCCCAUUUCUGCACGAACCUGGUGGGGCACUUGGUUUGAAUACUAAGAUGGCUAAUCCAGUUGAUGCAGCAGUGCAUCUUUUGGACAGUAAGACAUCUGGAAGAGUUGAAACAGAGCUUAAACCUGCUGAGAAACAUUUAAUUCCAUCAGAAAUGACAACGACAAGUGGCAGUCGAUUGCAGAAUGAGCAGAAACAUCAGGCUCAACACUAUGCUACUAUACCAGAACCAAGUACUAUCUCCAAACAAACUUAUAUUCCUGAACGUGAAGAGACAUUUGCUGUCAAAACAGUGACUUUGCAGCAUGCAGAACGCUCAAAUAAAAGUGAGUUUGAGCCUAGCUUGGAAUCUGACCAAAGUUCGGAGGAUCAAAUUGAUGAAAACAUUGUGCGAGAUGAGUGGUGUGAAUCAUCCCCUGGUUUUGAUGUUCUUGUGGAAGGAGAGACUGAAGAUUUGGUUUAUGAGGAUGACCCAGAGGAUAUGCGCUCCAUUGAUGGGAAUGAUGGAGGCAACGAGCACCUAUUUAUGCCUCAUGGCUAUGCUCAUCAGGCUGAAUAUGAUGAAAAGGAGUACUUUGGUAAUGGCCAUUAUGAGCCUUCUGAAUAUAUUAAUGAUGAGCUGAGAACUGAUCUUCGAGAAUUCCCCUCUAGACACACACAGGAUAGAGGAACAAGACGCAUUGUGGCACGCAAGAGAAACAUAUUGUGUGUGGAAACCCCAGUUGGUGGCUGCCAUGAUGUAGAUCUUCGAGACUAUUUGAGGAAACGAAGGAUGGUUGAUGGUUAUCUGGAGACACGUGACUUGAGGCAUGUAAGAGAUGGCAGGCAAGAGAAGCUUCAAAGGCAUGCUUCAAAUCAACGAGUACAUGGACGACUGGCAUCUAAGGUGGAAAGACCUGGUGUUAGACUGCCUAGGAGAAGGAAUUCUGCAGUUGAUGCAGAACAGCGAGGCAGACCUAGGAACUCACAACAUAAUGGCUACAGGCAGUAUAAUGGGAUGAGGUCACGGCAGUCUUUGUCUGAACGUAGGACACACUCAAAGAGAGAGAGGUAUGCUCAAGAGUCCACCACAGUAUAUGAGCCCAAGAACCAUGAUGCUGUCAAAGCAGACAGAAAUGAGGGUCAUUUACACAAAAAUGGAUCUGCAGACUUUGAAGGUCCCAAACCUUUGAGCGAAAUCCUCAAAGACAAGAAGAAGAUGUCGUGAGCAGUAGCAUCUGACCUUUUCUGUUUAUGAUAGAGUAUUUUUCAGUGCUUACGGAGUUACGGGUGCUGAGGUACUUGGCCUCGCGCUUCCCCUAGUGAUGGCCGUUGUAAAAAACUAUCUUCCUUCUCACUGUUACUGCUCAACAAAGACGACAGUAUGUGCUUCUAGCCCAUGGACCAAACGUGUAAAAAACGCUAUCAAUCGAAACACAAUCACUUUCUCAAUCGCGUAAGAUGAUGAAAUUUUAAUGCCCAAUUAUCGAUUCUAGAUAGACCCUUUGCUUUGUGUAGUAAGGAUCAAUGUUUGGGGCCUAGGAUUGUUGAAUUCAUCCAAUACAGCCAAUGUUUAAGAAACUACUUAAAUAUGGGAUGUAUUGCAUUAAUUAAUUUAUGCAACCAAUAUAAUGCCUACCAAUCUACCAUACCUUAUUAUCCAUUUUAUGUUAUCUUGUAAGAUCUUGGGAAGAUUUAAUAUGUUUGCCCAUUUGAUAAAUUA